AUGUGUGCUCUGCGUGAAAUUCUCUGCUUUCCCAAUUACUCUGAAAUCAUCCAACAGGAAGUUGUUGAAUUAGAUGAAUUGUUCGUGUGUUCAAAUGAGGAGAGCACAGAUUUUAAGGAGAAGAAUUUGAGCAUUCCUGCUGUUGUAUGUGGAGUUCUGGAAUAUAUUCCCUGGUUGCAGAAGCGAGUUGAGAUUCUUGUCCGGAAAAGAGAUGAACUUUUAUCCAUCAGACAAAUUUCCCAAAGAUCAAAUGAUGGGCUGCGGAAUGAGGCAAAUUUUGAACAGCAUUUGGAGCAAAACUAUGGAGUUUUAUUUGAUGUGAGAGUAAAUAUGAGUGCAAUGGCGAGGGCAGAAGAGGUGGUGAUUACAGUAGAAUCUCCGCCAUUUGUGUUUUCUGAUUUAUUGGUGUUGCUCAUGAAAGAUAAUUUGAAUGUGUUGAACGCUUCUAUGUUCGUCUCCGAUGGCAUAGUCUUGCACACCAUUCAUCUUAAGGUGAUGAAAAGUUCAAGUUUGCAGUUGGGUGCUGUUCGGUCCAAGAUCUUGGUUGUAUGCCACAAAUCCCUGCAAGGCCGUGUUUUACAGCAAUGCAAAGCCCAUAUUACCAUCUAA